UAAAAUGAUGUUUUUUCUUUUUUUUUUUUCUUUCUCUUUUCUUUCUUUCUUUCUUCCUUUCUUUCCUUUUUCACUUUUUUUUUCUAUUAAACAAACAUCAUGGCUCAAGCAUACAACAGAGAUUUGACUCAACUUAUUAUGCGUCCCAAUGUUGGUAAAGUUGGUAAACCAGUACGUGUAAGAAGCAAUUUCUUUGAAAUGACAAGUCUUCCAGCUCAAAAUAUACAACACUUGAAUAUUCAAAUAUUACCUGAUGGUACUCCUCCCCUUAUUCUCAGAAAGGUGUGGCAAUCUUUUGAAGAUAGUCUUAAAGGUCAAGCUUUUCUUAACAAGGUCAAACCUAUCUUUGAUGGUCGUGCAAAUCUUUUUUCUCCAAAACCGCUCAAAUGUGGUGAUGAUAGUCUUGGUAUUUCUUUUGAAGUCAAUCUUCAAGAAGGAAAUCGUUCUGGUGGUAUUUUCAAGUUAAAUAUCAAGCCUGUAGGUGUAAUCAACAUGAGUGAACUACAAUUAUUCUUGGAUGGAAAGUCUGGUAUUACCAACAAUUGUUUAACUGCCAUUAUGGUUCUUGAUGUACUAUUCCGUCACGUUCCAAGCAUGCAAUAUUCCACUGUGGGUCGAUCCUUUUUUACUCCCCAAGAUAAACGUCCUUUACCUAAUGGUGCUGAAGUAUGGCAAGGCUUUUAUCAAUCUGCUCGUCCAACUAAAGGCAAAAUGAUGAUCAAUGUUGAUGUCAGUGCUACUGCUUUCUAUGAAUCUGGUCCUCUUCAUGAGAUGUUACCCAAGAUACUCGACCGCCGCAGUCUUGAUGAUCUUCGUCGUGGUAUUCCUGAUCGUGAACGUAUCAAAGUUGAAAAAAUACUCAAGAAUCUCAAGAUCGUUGUUGUCCAUCGUGGUGCUGAAAAACGAUUGAAGUACAAGAUUAACAAGCUCACUCCUACCUCUGUUGAAAAUACUGUAUUCAAGGAUGACUCUGGAAAUGAAAUGAACGUUGCUCAAUAUUUUCAAAAGACUUACAACAGACGUUUGGCCUUUCCUUUCUUACCCUGUAUUGUUGUCAAGAAAGAUAUCUUUUUACCUAUGGAAGUUUGUGAAGUCAUUCCUGGUCAACGCCAUUUGAAGAAAUUGAAUGAAAAGCAAACUGCUGAAAUGAUCAAAUUUACUUGUCAGAAGCCCAAUGUCCGUGCUAACAAGAUCAAUCAAGGUGUCAAUCUUCUCAAAUACAAGGAUAACCCAUAUAUUCAACAAUUUGGUGUUAAUGUCAAGUCUGAUAUGACCAUGAUCAAUGCUCGUGUUCUUUCUACUCCAAAGAUUUCUUAUCAUGCUUCAUCUCAAGAUGCUACUUUUGCUCCUAUAGGUGGUGCUUGGAAUCUUCGUGGUAAGAAAGUCGCAAAGGGUGCCAACUUGGGUUCUUGGUCUAUUGUUAAUUUUGCAAGAAAUGUCCAUGAUGGUAUGAUCCAACGUUUCAUUCGUGAAUUAUGUCAAACGUUUGCUGAUACUGGUUUGAAUGUGAUCAAUCGACAGCCACCUAUUACUCAUGCUGAUCCUCAAGGCAAUAUUGAACGUACUCUCAAGGAAGCUUGGUUGAAGGCUGGUAAUGCUGCUAAAGCUCAACCUCAAUUGAUUCUCUGUAUCAUGCCCAACACUGGUACUCCACUUUAUGCUGAAAUCAAGCGUAUCUCUGAUACAGUUAUUGGUAUUCCUACUCAAUGUGUUCAAAGCAAGCAUAUUGGUGAUGCUAAGAAACAAUAUUGUGCCAAUGUCUGUUUGAAAGUGAAUAUGAAGCUUGGUGGUGUUAACUUGUUCAUGGAUGGCUCUCAAAUUCCUUUCAUCUCGAACAAACCUACUAUUGUCUUUGGUGCUGAUGUUACUCAUCCUGCUCCUGGUGACAUGAACAGACCUUCCGUUGCUGCUUUGACUGCAAGUAUGGAUUCCUAUGCAUCAAGAUAUGCUUCAACUGUCCGUGUUCAAGCCAAUCGUACUGAAAUAGUAGCUGAUUUAGCCAAUAUGGUCAAGGAACUGUUGAAGACAUUCUACCAAAACUGUGGUCAAAAACCUCAACAAAUCUUGUUCUAUCGUGAUGGUACGUCUGAAGGUGAAUUUGAUCAAGUGCUCAAAAACGAAAUUGGUGCCAUCCAUGCUGCUUGUGCUUCCUUGGAUAAGACUUACAAACCUCCUGUCACCUUUGUGGUUGUUCAAAAACGUCAUCAUGCUCGAUUCUUCCCUGUUGAACCUCGUGAUGCUGAUCGAACUGGUAAUUGUCAACCUGGUACUGUCGUGGAUACUGAUAUCGUACAUCCUUUCGAAUUUGAUUUUUAUUUACAAUCACAUGCUGGUCUCCAAGGAACUUCUCGUCCUACUCACUACCAUGUACUUUAUGAUGAUAAUAAUUUUUCUCCUGAUGCUCUUCAAGAACUCACUUAUCGUCUGUGUUAUAUCUAUGGUCGUGCCACUCGUACUGUCUCUAUCUGUCCUCCUGCUUACUAUGCUGAUUUGGUUGCUGCUCGUGCUCGAUUCCAUCGUAAGGGUGAAAACUGGGAAGACACUGAUGCUACAAGUGAAUCAAUGGAUAGUGAUGCCCAAAUGGCCAGUUUCGCUGUUGUCAAACCUGAUUUACAAAGAGUCAUGUACUUCAUGUAAAUGGAUAGUUUAGUUUUCAUCUUUUUAUAUUAUUUACUCAGUAAAUUCAUAGUUUAGUUUUUUUUUAUAUAUAUUGUUUACUCUGUAAAUUUACGGUUUAGUUUUUUUUUAAUAUUCUUCGCCUUUUUUUUUUCUUUGCAUUUGUAUAUACAUCUCUCUCUCUCUCUCUCCAAUAAACCUAAAAUUCGUUUCUUUUUAAUAAUGAUACCUCUUUUAUCAUGGUGCUGGGAUGAUGGAAUGCUAUGCUGAUUGGGUAAUAUGAUGAUUG